AUGUGGUGUGAAGUAAUGUCCCUUCUCCGCUCCCUGGGAAGCACUCUGGUGUCCUACUUUGAUGUUAAGAAGAAAAGAAAAGUGGCAGAGAUUUACCGGGCUCUGAACAGUGACCCCAUCGACGUGGCAGCGCUGAGGCGGAUGGCGAUCAGCAAGGGCGGGCUGCUCACGGACGAGAUCCGGUGCAAAGUGUGGCCAAAGCUGCUCAGUGUUAACACAGACGACCUGCCCCCUCUUCCAGCAAGGAAGGAGCUGCGAGAGGACAAUAAGGAUUACCAGCAAGUGUUACUGGAUGUGCGGCGAUCCCUGCGCCGCUUCCCACCAGAUAUGCCAGAUGACCAGAGGGAAGGAUUGCAGGAGGAGCUCAUCGAUAUCAUCCUCCACGUCCUCAAGCGCAACCCCCAGCUGCACUACUACCAGGGGUACCACGACAUCGUGGUCACCUUCCUCCUGGUGGUGGGGGACAGGCUGGCCACAGCUCUGGUGGAGAAGCUCUCAACACAUCAUCUCAGGGAUUUUAUGGACCAAACAAUGGAUAAUACCAAGCACAUUUUAAAUUACCUGAUGCCCAUCAUAGACCAGGUGAACCCUGAGGUGCAUGACUUCCUGCAGAGUGCAGAGGUGGGAACCAUCUUUGCCCUCAGCUGGCUGAUCACCUGGUUUGGCCACGUUUUGUCUGACUUCCGGCACGUUGUGCGAUUAUAUGACUUCUUCCUGGCUUGCCACCCGCUGAUGCCCAUUUAUUUUGCAGCUGUGAUCGUGCUGCACCGGGAGCAGGAAGUUCUGGACUGUGAGUGUGACAUGGCCUCUGUCCACCACCUCCUAUCCCAGAUCCCACAAGACCUUCCUUAUGAGUCUCUGAUCAGCAAAGCCGGGGACCUUUUUGUCCAGUUCCCACCUUCUGAACUCGCCAAGGAGGCAGCUCAGGCAGCUCAGGCGGAACGAACUGCGGCUUCCACUUUUAAGGACUUUGAGUUGGCAUCAGUGCAGCAGAGACCAGACACUGUGUUGAGGCAACGCUUCAGAGAGCGGCUCCGAGGGGAGGAGCGGCUCCGAGGGGAGGAGCGGCUCCGAGGGGAGGAGCGGAAGCCCCGGACCAACCGCUUUGUCAAGCUGGCAGUGAUGGGGCUGACGGUGGCGCUGGGAGCAGCUGCCCUGGCCAUGGUGAAGAGCGCGCUGGAGUGGGCACCCAAGUUCCAGCUGCAGAUUUUCCCCUGAAGACGGAGGAAGGGUCUUUGCUGUCACAUCCCCAGCAGGAAAGGCUGAUGUGUGAUGAAGGACAUGUCCAGAAACGACCUGUCUGAAGACUAUUUAUUAUUCUUACUGCGUCCAGUAACACUUUUGGCGA